CAUAAACCCUAGUCCCAGUUUUUCCUCCCUCUGUCUCUCUCCAUUUUCCUCCCACCGACGCUAAGCUCCGCGAGAGAGAGAGAGAAAGAGCGAGUCCCUCGCUCAUGGCGCUUUACCUGCUCUACGAGUCCGCUUCUGGGUACUCCCUUUUUGAAGCUCACGGCCUCGACGAAAUCGGUCAGAACACCGAGGCCGUCCGGAGCUCCGUCUCCGACUUGAAUCGGUUCGGCAAGGUCGUCAAGCUUGUCGCCUUUAGCCCCUUUGAGUCCGCGCUCGAUGCCCUCAAUCAGUGCAACUCUGUAUCCGAAGGGCUUAUGACUGAUGAAUUGAGGAGCUUUUUGGAGCUUAAUCUACCAAAAGUCAAGGAUGGUAAGAAGCCCAAGUUUAGUUUAGGACUUGCUGAGCCUAAGAUAGGAUCUCACAUCUUUGAGGAGACGAAAAUCCCCUGCCAAAGUAACGAGUUUGUUCUCGAGCUUCUUCGUGGUGUCCGUCUUCAUUUUGACAGAUUUAUCAAGGACUUGAAGCAUGGCGACCUGGAAAAAGCCCAACUUGGUCUAGGGCACAGUUAUAGUAGGGCAAAGGUUAAAUUCAAUGUCAACAGAGUUGACAAUAUGGUUAUACAAGCAAUUUUUCUUUUGGACACUCUCGACAAGGAUGUCAACUCGUUCUCCAUGAGAGUCAGAGAGUGGUAUUCAUGGCAUUUUCCGGAACUGGUGAAGAUUGUUAACGACAAUUAUCUAUAUGCCAAAGUUGCUAAGUUUAUAGAGGAGAGGUCAAAGUUGUCUGACGACAAAAUCCCUGGUUUGACGGACAUAGUUGGGGAUGAAGACAAAGCGAAGGAAAUUGUAGAGGCUGCCAAGGCAUCUAUGGGACAGGAGUUGUCGCCAAUUGACUUAAUUAAUGUCCAGCAGUUUGCACAGAGGGUUAUGGACCUCUCUGAAUACAGGAAGAAGCUUUAUGACUAUCUUGUGACAAAGAUGAACGACAUAGCUCCCAAUCUUGCAUCUUUGAUUGGUGAAGUUGUCGGUGCUCGUUUGAUUUCUCAUGCGGGUAGUCUGACCAACUUGGCUAAGUGCCCUUCUUCAACCCUUCAGAUACUUGGUGCAGAAAAAGCUCUCUUCAGGGCAUUGAAGACUAGAGGAAACACACCAAAGUAUGGUCUCAUUUUCCAUUCUUCUUUCAUUGGCCGUGCAUCCGCACGUAAUAAGGGCCGCAUGGCUCGUUAUCUGGCAAACAAAUGUUCAAUUGCUUCCAGGAUUGACUGCUUUUCUGAGAGAGGAACAAAUGCUUUUGGUGAGAAACUUCGUGAACAAGUGGAGGAGCGACUUGACUUUUAUGACAAGGGAGUUGCCCCUCGUAAGAAUAUUGACGUGAUGAAAGCUGCCCUGGAGAAUGCUCAAAACAAAGAUGUGGAGAUGGAAACUGGGGAAGUGCCCUCUGAAGUUUCCACCAAAAAAAGCAAGAAAAAAAAAUCGAAGUCUGCUGCAGCAGAAGAUGAUGAGACAAUGGCUGAGCCUGUUGCAAAUGGAGAAGCUUCUGAGGAACCUAAAUCAGAGAAAAAGAAGAAGAAAAAGGAGAAGCGGAAAUUGGAAAAUGAGCUGGAGGAAGUUGCAGCAGAUGGGAAAUCUAAUGGAACAAAUGGCGUUGAUGCCGACCAGGAUGGGACAACCAAGAAGAAGAAGAAGAAGAAGAGCAAAGCUGAAGAAGGUGAAGAUUUGCAGGCUGCAAGUGAUAUGAAGAAGAAAAAGAAGAAAAAGUCGAAAAGCGAGUAUGAGUGACGUUUAAAAUGGGCGUUUCGAGGGAUGAUUGGGAUGAUUCUCGGUCAUAAAUACUGCCUGCUGUGAAGUGGUAGUAGCAGCGUAGUAGUGCUAGCAAGUUGGCUGCCUUUUGAAUUGUUUUGGUUGGAACCUCUGUAUCUAAGUGACUUGGUUAUCGAAAUUUGUCUUCUUUUCAAUCA